AUGCAGUCUUUUCAUCCUCUCAGUCAAUCCAGCGAAACAGGCUCAGCAGACGCUUCCACCUCUCGAAAUGUCCACGGCCAAAGCUACGAUCACAAUGCCUCGGGCCUCUCGUCACAGAGCCAAGUAGAGCCGGGGGAUGAUUUGAUCUUUGAGGAAUCUUUGCAUCGCAGAGAUGCACUGGCAAAUGACCCGCAGACUAGCAGAGCGAACAGAGACGCGUUCAGGUCCGACAAUCCUUUCUUGUCGCCCGGCCGAGGGAACAGAAGGGCCAAAGCGGACGGGCGAGAAAUGUCCGGGGAUGUUGGAACUGCUAGAGCGGACGUGGAGCUGGAUGGUGAAUGGAUGGGAGAGGAAGAAGACGAGGAUGAGGAAGAAGAAGAUCUGGACUGGGAUGGAGCGGUGGAUGAGCAAGGUGGUGGGGCGGGCAGAAGGAGGAGAAAGUCGCCCAUCGAGAAGCUGCAGGAUGAUUGGGUCGCACAGAGAGGCUCGCCAGAGGUUUUGAAGUGGAGCGGCGAUACGGUGGAUAGCGUCUGUGCCAUGAUCGAAGGGCAAGAAGUGAGUCGCAUGGGACAUGAGGGGAGGGUCAUGCGGGCGCUGCGAGGAGCAGAUGACGUGCUAGCAUGUCGGCGCCGACUAUCGCUGCCUUCAAAUUGUUCAUGGAGACCGCGAUGCGAUAUCAAGCUCCACUCUUGCUCACGAUGCGCAAUCUGUCAUCAACGACUUUAGGCCAUUCUCGAGUCGUUGUCAGGCGACACCUCGACAUCGGAGGAGGAGCACAUUCGUCUGGGUAUCGUCGCUCUAGACAUCGAACGGGCCAGAUGGUUGCUGAGAGCUUAUUUGCGAUGUCGGAUAGCCAAGGUGAGCGGAACACGACAGCAGCUUCCUCAAGCAACAUGUGAUCAAGUCUGCUGAGCGUCGCUGCACCUCUUCUCUCCUCUUCCUGGUCUCACGAAUCUCAGAUCGAACAUCUUGCAGCGUACCUGGUGCAGAAGAAUAGCGCCUCGGCGCACGCCAUGUCCCAACUCUCUCCGCUCGAGCAAAAUUACGCCCAGACUUUUCAUCAGCUUCGCUCAUCGCACUUUCAGACGACCGUGCUAGACGCUUUGCCGCUCCACAUGCGCAGCCUGGAAGAUACGGGUGCGGGAACGGGGGCGGGAAAUACGGACGGCAGAUCGGGCAUGGUGGAUGUCCCGGAUCCCGAUGCUCCGGUCUUUGUCAGGUGUCUAAAGGACUGUGGAAUGCUGAAGAUAUUGGAUGAGGAAUCUACCAAUAUGGCAAAAGGAUCGAUCCACCUCUUUAGAUGGAGAGCAGUCAGACACCUCGUCUUGUCGGGCAAAGUCAGGAUAUUGUAG